AGUGGUAGAAAGAAGACCAAUUUAGACUGAAUAACGGGGAAAAAAUGAGUAACGUUAAUAACGUCAAUAUCAACGUCCAGUGCGAGUGCUACCAUCGCCGAGGACUUCUGUACUACACCAAUCCUUGGGCCUGGGGUCGUCCUUGCCGCCGAUGCCGUCGCAUGAUGUCCCGAAAUAAUAUUGUGGUGUCCGUCCCAGCUGGACAGGUGGGUGUGCCAGUGCAAACCACCACCACAGUGGUGCCUGCCCAGAAUGCGACCCACUGGCAGGUUCAGCAGCAGCCGCAGACCAUGUCCGCCCUGCCGCCAAAGUACGAUCAAGCUGUUGCCGCCAACUAAGCCAGGACUUUCUGAUAUUUUAUUAAAUUUAUAAAAAAUAUUUCUAAAAAAUAACAGAAUAAAAUUCCCUAAAGAACAUUGCAAAAUCUAUGAAAA